AUGAGCGCGCGGGAGCAGCGCGGCGACGUCCGCAGUGAGCUUUACAAGCGAAACUUGGAUUACUCGCUCAAAGAGCUCCAGAAACAAAUCCAAGAGCACGAGGAGCAACUAGAAAUGCUCCGAACCAAUGCGAUAUCCCGACCAGAGAUCACCCAAUCCCCCACCGCGACCCUAACCGUGAUGAAGCAAGCUUUCGAUGACGUCGCGCGGUCCGAACCCUACCUCCCCUUCCCAGAUUCGGUGCUCCCAGCCCUAUUAGCCCUACGGAAAACUCACCAGACCAUCCUCGAAUCACGCGCAUACCUCGAGUCGCAGCAGACGACACUCACAGAUGCCAAGAGGCAGUUGGCGCAAAGCCGGGCGGAUCUCGAGGACCAGGAAGCGCUGUCGCAGGCGCUCAAGGAGCGGAUCGAAUCGUUGAAGAAGGGCGAGGAGAACGCGACAGAGGUGUCACCCGAGGAGAUCGCGAGGAAGCGCAUCGACGAGCUACGCGACCAAAAGAAGCACUAUGAUAGGGAAACGGCGCGUCUGUUUAGAGCGUUCAAGAACUUCGUCGAGGAGAGGCUGGCGCCGCUUCUGGCGGCUGAAGAACUGGGGGGUCCUGUCGUCGGGGACAUGAUGGAUGUCGACGAGGUGGAUCUCGCCGGUGGGUUCGACGCGCGGGGGAGGCCGAAGAAGGCGAAGCAGGAUGAGGAUAAGAGGCAGAGACGGUUGGACGAGCUCUGGGGAGGAGGCGAGCAGUCGGGGAGUGUUCGGGAAUGGGAUGAGAAGGUGGCGGCGGCGACAGAGAUGAAGAAGUUGACGCAGGACUUGUUGAAUAACUUAAUUGAGGCUAAGGGGGAUACGGCAGCGUCGUAUGUGGCGAUUGAGAAGGAGUCUUCUGCGGCGCGGUUCCUUGUGAGGGCGAAGGUUGCGCAGUUUCACCCGAGGGACGCUACGAGGUUACGGCUGGUGGAUUUUGGGAGGGAGAUUGACGAUUAG